CAUAAUGAUAUCAAAGGGCGUACAUGACGUUGUUUCGUCUCGUUUUGCCUCACUGGCAAAAGUCAGAACAAAUCAAGCAUUUCAGUUGGUAACUGAAAAUGUCGAAAUAUUUAAUACCAAUCGUAAAACUCGAAGAGAAAGUUUUGAUCUCGUCCGUAUUGUGAGAUUUGAAGCAAGAUUUUUUUCCCAACAGAUCGCCAUUCUAAACCGAUCGAAACACCAAGUUAACUUCUUCGUGAACUAAACUCAGUACUUAAGCGUACUAGAGAUUUAUUGGAUUGAAAAUGGGGCGCGAUUUUUACGCUGUUCUCGGCGUACCGAGAAAUGCCUCGACGGAAGACAUCAAGAAAGCGUACAAAAAGCAAGCUAGGAUUUUUCACCCGGAUAAAAACAAAAACCAAGGGGCUGAAGAAAAGUUCAAAGUGAUAUCAGAAGCUUACAAGGUUCUCACCGACCCCAACAAAAGGGAAAUUUUUGAUAUGUGGGGUGAAGAAGGGUUGGCUGGCGACUUUGAAAGUCGAGGAUUCUCUUUCCUUGAUCCGAUGAAAGUCUUCCGUGAAGUAUUUGGCGACGAAGAUCCUUUUAAAGAAUUCGACUUCUUUUUCUUUGAUGGUCUAGGAGAUUCCUGCAAUUUCUCCAAAGUAUUUCAAUCUCAUUCAUCAUCAUCUUCAUCCGGUGGCUGGAAAAAUUUUGGCAAUGAAGGAUUCAAUUUUGCUCCAGGUCCAGAUACAUUUACGAAGCCUGAAACAACGCUAACACAAGAUCCACCAAUUGAACAGUUUUUGCCAAUGACACUAGAGGAAUUAUUUACUGGAUGUGUUAAGAAACUUAAAAUAACCCAUCAGAUAUUAUCGCAAAAUACAUAUGUACAGGAAGAAAAGAUCCUUCAAAUUGAUGUGAAGCCUGGAUGGAAAGCUGGUACGAAAGUGACAUUCCCCAACGAAGGGGACAUGAAACCCGGAGUAAUUGCAGCAGACAUUGUAUUUGUUGUAGCAGACAAACCACAUCAAUUUUUUAAAAGAGACUCUGAUAAUAACUUAUUGUAUCUUGCAAAAUUGACUUUACGAGAAGCCCUCGUUGGAUGUAUGGUUAAUGUACCAACAAUUGAUGGAAGAGUAUUGUCUAUUCAAGUUAAUGAGGUCAUACAACCAGGAACUCAAAAGAGAAUACCUGGAGAAGGACUUCCUGUUCCUAAAUUAAAUGGCCAAAGAGCCGACAUGAUUGUUGCAUUUGAUGUAGCAUUCCCAACAAAUUUAUCUAAUGAACAAAAAGAAUUUCUAGCAUCUUUACCUUUCUAAGAAUAAGCUUAAAAACUUCUUUAUAACAGUGUGACUACUAUAACCAGGGCCACCUAGGCAGUGAGAACCAAUGAAAUUGUAGAAUCAAUUAGAAAAACAAYCCCAAGCCAUUGUUGAGCCAAUCAGAAGCCUAGACCGAACGAGAAGUAAUUUGACCCUGGUGUUACUUAUAAACAGCUAGACAGCCAACUAGAUAUUUUCUCAUGAAAUAAAAGGAUAUGUUGAAAGGCUAUUGUUUUCUGCUGCUUUCUGAUUGGCUCCACUACCCAAAGUUUGAAUGUAUUGUUUUUGGUUGGCUCUGGCUGUCUAGGUUAUGCCAGUUAUAGUAGCUACACUGUAAUUUUGAAUAAAACUGAAUUUCRAGUGAAUAGCUAAAUAGCAGAUUUUAAUUGUGCAAAGUUGAGAGAAUCAUAGGUGAAGAUAAAGGGUUUGGAUUGAAAUACAUUGAGAAGUCAGUUUGCAAUAUUCCCUUUUCUCAUUCAGUAAAUCCUGCUGUGUUUUAUGACUGAAGUCUCAUCUACACAGGCUUAGCAUCAUUUAAGAGCAAACCAUUUGCUAAAGUCACUGUAAUGUAAAGAAUGUACGAUUUGAACAAUACCUGUGUUUUGAAAUCUCACAGACUUUUAAUGGUAUCUGUGAAUAGCUGACUUAUAAACAAGGCUAAGCCUGUGCAUGCAUUGAAUGUGAAACUGGUGUAAUUGAACUGCUCUUGUAAACUCGACUCUUAUCUUUACCUACGUGGUAUUUCGAUGCACAUUUUUACCACUUCCAACCAUCUGAAAAAAGAUUAUUCUUUGAAUAUAAACUCAUUCUGUAUUUUAAUGAGCUUUUUUGAGUAUUACCUCUAAACAAAAAGAUAAUGCUCAAGGGAAUGUUAUGUGGUUUGGAAAUGGAGAACAUGGUGCAGUAGAAAAAUCUGCUAGAUACAUGAACAAAUUAUAUUUUUAUUGACCAAAAUGGUUAAGGUGUAGUAUCUUACUCAUAUUAGAUUAUUUUGAAAAAUUCCCAAUASAUAGAAUAUAUUAUAGCUAUUUCAAAAAGGUUGAUGAAGGUUUUGUUGCAUGUUCCUUACUAUACUCGAAAUAGUAAUGAUGAAAAGGUAAAUUAUACACCGUGAAAAGAUGAAAAAACUUACUGACGUUUCGGACGCUAGUCCUUCGUCGGAGUAUACUUGAAAUAUGUAAUUAAUGUCAGCACAGUAGAAAUUGUGACAGAAAAAACUUGCAGAUAAAGUUUGGAAAAAUUCCAUGCAUAUUGCUGUGACGUUUUGGUGAUGGUAUUUACAUUCCCAUAGUGCAAUUUGUGACUUUGUAUGCCAACGAAACCUUCAUUAAACUUUUUUGAAAUAGCUGUAUAUAAGUAUGAAACUGUGGUGACACAAGCCUGACUGAGACAGACACUCAAAGACCCAUAUUCUAAUCGUAGUCUACAAAUUUACUCUAAAUGUAUUACACAUCAUGUAAAUCCACAGUAUUUCAUUUCAAUAUAUAUAUAUAUAUAUAUAUACAAAAAUUUAUUUUAAAGACAUAUUUUAACAAGAAGGAUUUAUUUUAUUUGAUAUACUUCAUAAGUGUUUUGAUAGUGUAAAUAGUAUAUAUUAACAAAUAGGAAUAGAGGAACUUAAGCUUAGCAAAUGUCCUUCUUAUUUGGAAAAAGUAACAUACUAACAAUAUGUAAAAUGAACAAUUUAGACAAAGCACUCUUGACCCGGUUUUAGUUGAUGUAAUCUAAUAUUUGACAGAAACAUUUACAAUUUAUUUGUACAUAAAGGGAUAUAAAGCCUUGAAGAUUAUAAACUGU